AUGUCCAGUGACACGUCCGUACGUGCCUUUGGUGUGCUCGGCCCCAAGCAAGAGGAAUCUUUACACAUGGAGGCGUCCAUCAUUUUCUGCUUAUUGCUGUGUUUUAAUUGUUCAGUUGAAUUCAUUAGUGCUCAGACGCAGAGUCCCAGCUGGUUAACAAAUGAACCUCUUGUAGCUGAAACCUCAUUUGACCACACAAAGAAUAUCUUGUGGAAAUCACAGAACAACACAUACAUCACAACCAAAACCCCAUUGAAAGAGAAACCAGUCGCAGUCGCAGUGUGCUCAGGGCCGAUACGAAUCAAAGACGCCUUCAAGUACAUCAAUAGUGUCGUCUCUUGUUUUGUGUUCAUUUUGGGAAUCGUUGGAAAUGUGACUCUUCUGAAAAUAAUCAAAGAGCACAAAUGCAUGAGAAGUGGACCCAAUAUUCUCAUUGGCAAUCUGGCGCUUGGCGACAUUUUGCAUAUCAUGAUUGGUAUUCCCAUUAAUGUUUACAAGCUUAUAGCGGUGGACUGGCCAUUUGGUGUUGUGCUCUGUAAACUGGUGCCAUUCAUUCAGAAGACUUCUGUUGGAGUAACAGUACUGAGCUUGUGUGCAUUGAGUAUAGACAGGUACCGAGUUGUUGCAUCAAGGAGUCGCAUGAAAGGUCUCAAAUUUCCCAAGUGGGCAGCUUUCAAGUUAUCUUUAAUAUGGACGAUAUCAGCUCUGCUGGCUGUUCCUGAGGCUGUUGCUUUUGACUUGAUUACGAUGGAUUACAAAGGCGAGCAUCUGAGGAUCUGUCUCCUUCAUCCUGUGCAAUCCACUCACUUUAUGCAGAUGUAUAAAGUGGUCAAAGACUGGUGGCUGUUUGGUGUUUAUUUCAUCAUGCCGCUGGCCUGCACGGCUGUCUUUUACUCGCUGAUGUCUUGGAGGAUCUUAAGUGAAAGCGUAAAGCAGUUGGCUCUGAACAAACACAGACAUGAGGUGGCCAGAACAGUAUUCUUUCUUGUGCUGGUGUUUGCAGUGUGCUGGUUUCCUCUUCACCUGAGCAGAAUCCUGAAGUUAACCAUCUAUGAUGAACGAGAUCCCAGUAGAUGCAACCUCCUGAGCACUUUUCUCAUUCUUGACUACUUUGGUCUCAAUAUGGCCUCGGUGAACUCUUGCAUCAACCCCAUUGCUCUGUAUCUGGUCAGCAAAAGAUUCAACAGCUACUUCAAGGCGUCUCUCGGCUCUUGUUGUCGUUCCUCCAGCCCUGUUCUUGUUCAGGAAGAAAGGCAAAACUUCAUGAGGUCAAAGGUCACAGAGCCCCCCUCUGACAACAGUAACUCCAUCAAACAAGAGUCGUCGUCUAGUAACAAUGAGAAAAUAUCGCGGCACUUUUCUUCCAAACUGUGCUUGUCUUAGAGAAGC